CCAGUCCCUCCUCCGCCGUCGCAGCUACGACGAAUGCGCGCGCGGAGCGGCGGCGGGCGAACAGUGCGACCUCGCCGGUAAUUAGUGGACCGGGCAGGAUGUGGUCGGAGUCUGGACACGACGACGACGACGAAACACACACAGACACACCGACCGCGAUCGUCAACGGUCACACACGCGCUUUGGUGUCGUACACGAGUCAGCCGCUCCGCGUCGAUCUUUUCUACACGCACGUAACUAUAAUAUUAUAUAAAUAUUAUAUUGUUGUUGAUAUUGUGCGCGAUAUAAUUUUUCUGCGACGUCCUUCGCGAACGCGUCUAGUGCGUAUUGUCGCGGUUUUAAUUACGUGAGAAAUUCGUGAUUUCCAGUGAACUUUUUUUAGUGCGACCGUGUUUUAUUUUUUUUUUUCGCGCGUUUUAGUGGGAUCGAGAUUUUAUAUACAUUAGACAUCUGUCGUCGAGUUCGAAGCGUGCAAAAGAUUUGAGAAAAAUAUAAUAACCGUAACAAUAAUAAUACCGUACGUAAAAUAUACACACGGAACACGCGCGCACGACGACAAGUGUGUUCAUCGCCGACGGGAAGCAUCUCGGUCGUUAGGGUUCGCGUGAAAAUCGUUUUGGGAGCCGGUGAUGCGUGAUGGUCGGACCGCGCGCGGUAACGGUGAUGUUUUGCGUGGCGGCUGCGUUGACGUUGGUAGCGGCUGCAGUGGCGGCGGCAGAAGCGUUGGAGUCCUUAGAGCCCGGCGGCGUAGCCAUGGAGUUGACCACUAACAGCAACAACAACAACAACAACAACAUUGACAACAGCAACAAUAACAACGGCAGCGAGAGCAGCCACGACGACCGGCAGCCGAUGACCGGGCUACUCGCCGCCGUCGACCAACAACCACCGCAGCAACAGCCACAGCCGAGGAGGUUCAGACACGAGGCGUCCGCAGUCAGAGUCUUGUACCAGACCGGGAGCUCAGAGGAAGAGUUGCCGGUGUGCGAAAAGUGGGCGGUGUGCAGCAAGGUGGACAUGUAUCAAUGGCCGUGGGUGGAGAGGCAGUGCAGGUGUCCGCCGGGCGUGCCGCCGUGCUCGCAAAUGCUGUCGCCGGCUGACGGGCACACCAUCACCGACAAAACGAGGCAGUUCAAGCUAUGCGAGCCCAUCAAGAUGUUGCCCAAAUGUCGCUACUUUCGCGAUAUGGCGUGGACAUUGCGCAGCGAGGGCAACGGUACGCUGCAGACGGUUCACUGCCACUGUCCCAAAGGUUCGGUUGCCUACCUACUGAAGCGGCAAGCGUACCAGACCGAGUCCAAACAGAUCGGCUAUCAGUAUUCGUUUGCAUGCUCCCCUCAGAGCAGGUUACGAUGUCAACGGAAAGAACCUUGUCGGCUGUUCACGGUGCGAAAGCGUCAGGAAAUGGUAGACGAAGUCAACACUAACACGCUGUGUCAGUGUCCGGCGGAACAUACGUGCCCUUCUCAUCACACAGAUGCCGGAGUGAUACAGAGCAAGAACUACUCGGAAGAGAACAUCCGAACGUACAGCGGAUAUUGUAUGCAACCGUCGGUCAACUAAACCAACGACGAACCCUCGCUCAUACCCUACAGGCUGUUAACCACCCAACCACGUGGACAGUAACCGACGAAAGGGUCGUUUUUUAAAUUAUUUUGAUUAAUUCGUCUGUACUUUUUUUCAUUUCGACGAUAUUAUUAUUAAUGAUGAUAUAUAAACAUGUAUAUAUAUAUAUUAUACAUGAUAUAUAUUUAUUAUUUUAAAAAUAUUAUUUAUCUGCGGACAAAACCAAAUUAUACGGAAUAUCUCUUGGCGAUUUUAACUAAUUAUUCGAUUUCCGGUGGUUAUAUUUAUAUAUUUUUUUCUUUGUUUUGUUGUAAUAA